AUGGUAACGAGGCUCGACGUAAUUGAUCCAGUACGCGUCCAGUCCACCAAUGUACUUGAAGCUUGCGUUGUGAAGAAUCUCAAAGAUGAUCUCUUCAGUCUCGUCCUUGGACCUUGCCUGAACGAACGACUCGCUGCCGCGGCCAGUGCGACGACCGUCAAAAGUCACCAGGAUGACACCAACUUCGAUGGUCCUCCUGCUCCCCGAGUGCAGCAGCGUCUCGUUGAGCACCUCCCGGCCUCGUACCCGCCGCUGUGCAAGUUCCAGAAGUCGAUGGUCUUGCGGCCGCCCAUCUCCUCGAGGAACUUCGGCACGGCGUAG